ACGGGGGUCAGGGAGAGGAUCCCGCCAAUUCUGACUGGGGAGCGCGAGGCAGUCUGCAGAACUACUGGGUAGAGUAAAGAAACAUGCCCAAUACAGUUUUAUAAUUAAGCAAUACUAAUAUUUCAGGGCUUUGUUACUUUGUGGACAAACGGGUUUAAAACACUACGUUUGUGCAGUUAGAAGUAAGGGUUGAGAGAGCUGGAAAAUAACUUUUUUUUCUGUUACCCAGCCAUUUGUUGUCAUUGUAUUUUUUGCGCUCAUCCAUUUUGUCAAGAGAUUGGGUUUUGGAGGGUGAUGCUUGCGGCGGAAGACCCGUCCUCGGAACGGCAUUUGGCCUCCACUCCACGGAGGCGAGGUAUGGAUUGCAAGGCCAAGUCCAGCGCUGCCGCCAAGAAGCUUGUACAAGCCCGUCUUCCGUUCAAACGUCUGAACCCGGAGCCCAAGGAAAACGGGGUGCCCAAACGCGUCCGCGGCCCCCCUGCGGCACCCCCGGACUCGGACGCCGGAGCCUCCGAUGGGGAGAACGAGCAGGACGGCGCCCCACCGCUCCUCCCGCCCAACAGAGCCACCCUGGUGAACGGGAGGGGGCCCCUGGACGGGUUCAUGAAGCAUAAGGCCCCUUGCCGCGCCCUGCCCGCUCCCAGCCUGACCAUCGACCUCACCGAGGACUCCAAUUCGGCCUCCCUCGCUCCCCGGGCCCAGGACAGUGACGCGGGCCUGGCCGCCGACCCGGACCCCGCCCCCGCCGCCGUCUCCGUGGAGACGGAGGGCGGGUCCUCGUCCGGCGCGGACACCUCUCCCGGCUCGUCGCCGGUCUCCAUGGAAACCGAGGAGGCCGGGGCCAAGCCGGAAGAGGAGGAGGGCGCGGAGGAGGACGAGACGGACGUUUCCAACAACGAGAACGAGAACACGUCGCUGCUGACGCCCUCGUCCAGCAGCUCGCUGUCGGCCACCGAGAGCUCGCCGGAGGCCGCCAAGAAAGAGUCGCCCGGCCCGGUCUCCACGACGCCAAAAACAAAUGAAAACUCGGAAGGGAAGAAAGUUAAGAGGCGUUCUCUGAAGAACACGGAGGAGGAGCGUCGGAGGCAGGAGGAGCGGCAGGAGCGCGAGCGGCAGCGCCAGGAGGCGCGCGCGGCCAAGGAGCAGAAGAAGGAGGAGGCGCGCAAGCUGAGGGAGGAGCGCGAGAAGGAGCGGAAGGAGAAGAGAGAGAGGGAGGAGCGCGAGAAGAGGGAGAAAAAGGAGAGGGACGAGAGGGAGCGGGCGGAGCGGCUGCGGGCGAAGGAGGAGCAGCGCAAGGUCAAGCAGGAUGCAAAACUGGAAGAGAAGAAGAAGAAGGAAGAGGAGAAGCGUGUAAAAGAAGAGAAAGACCGAAUCAAAGCGGAGAAGGCGGAGAUCACUCGGUUUCUGCAGAGGCCCAAGUCCCAGCAGGCCCCGAAGACCCUAGCUGCAGCCUGUGGUAAGUUCGCUCCGUUUGAGAUAAAGGAGCACAUGUCCCUGGCCCCCCUGACGCGGGUGCAGUGUGAGGAGGCGGUUCUGGAGGAGCUGGACCGGUACCUCUCCCGGCCCGACGGGGCGCUGGACGGCCUGAGGGACUGGAGGAGGCACGCGCCCCGCAGGUCGGGUCCCACGCAGGCCUGCCGCACUGAGAGAGGAGGGGACUGCGUGGUGCUGUCCGAGGGCCCGGGGGCGGAGGGCGCGCCCGACCGGCGGCUCUGCGGCCGCAUGAAGCUGCUGCAGUUCAAGGAGAACUACCGCCCCGCCUACUGGGGCACCUGGAACAAGAGGAGCGCCCACAUCUCCCCACGCUGCCCCCUCAGGCAGGACAGGGAGCUGCUGGACUACGAGGUGGACAGCGAUGAAGAGUGGGAGGAAGAGGAGCCAGGAGAGUCUCUGUCCCACAGUGAGGGGGAUGACGAUGACGAAGGUGGCGAAGAUGACGACGAUGACGACGGGUUCUUCGUGCCGCACGGUUACCUGUCUGACGGGGAGGGAGCGUUGGAGGAGGAGGAGAGCGGCGACACGGAGAAGCAGAAGUUCCGGCAGAGCCUGAAGGCGCGCGAGUGGGACGAGCUGAUGGCCAAGAACAAGCUGAAGGUCCUGCAGGCCGUGGUGCGCGGCUGCGUGUGGGCGGGGCCCGGGGGGGCGGGGCCCGAGGCCGACGCCCUGCUGCCAUUCGCCGUCUGCCUGCUGGAGGCCGCCGCCCCCGCGGAGGAGCCCGUCUCCCCGGAGACCACGGCCGCCGCCCGGGAACAGCGCAACGAGCAGUUGCUGUCCCAGCUGCUCUCGCUGUUGCACGGCAACGUGAACAGCAGUAAGGUGAUCAUCACCGAGUUCCAGGAGUUCUGCCGCCAGAGUAAGGCCGAGGCCACCAGCGCCAGCCCCCAGAGGGCAGCAGAGAGCAUCCCCGCCAGGAUCCACGUGAAGCGGCUGAUCACGAAGAACGCCGUGUACGAGAAGCGGCCCACGUACCGCCGCAGCUGCUGGUACGCGCACGCGCACGUGCUCUCGCGCUUCGGCCAGGACGCCCUGCCCGUGCCCUGCCAGUGGAAGUACCUGACGCAGGGGCCCCACAGCGCCCGCGAGGAGGCCCCCGGGGGCCCCGGCACGCAGGCCGCCUCGUCCCCCGGGCCCCAGGCCUCCGCCGCCGCGCCCGCCUCCUCCUCCGCUUCCUCCUCGUCCUCCUCCGCCAAGAGGAAGAGCACGGGGAGCAUGUCCAUCACCAAGUUCAUGAGGAGGUGCCGGGGCACAGAGCGGGGCGAGGCGAUGGAGACGGACGGGUUCCAGGCCGACACGGAGGAUGACGAGGAUGAGAGCGACUGUGUCAUCGUCGACGCACGAGCGGGACCUGGCGAGGAGCAGAGCAAAGCUCCCGUUACCACGGUUACUGUUACCACGGUUACUCCACAGACCCAGAGUACGGAACACAUGGAGGUCACGACCUCCGACCCCGCAGGGACCUCCCUGCCGAGCCCCACCCAGGCUGCUGUCCAACAAACCUGUGUGUGAGAACCAAUCAGGGUCUUUCUGUCUCUCUCAUGCACGCACGCACGCACGCACACAAACACACUCUCACAUACACGCACACACACACACACACACACGUACACACACACACACACACUCUCACAUACA